AUGUAUUUUUGGUUGUCUUCAUGCCAAGAGAGAAGUGCCUGGUCGUUGUUACCGCCCUUCCUCGUCGACAGCACCGAAGUUGACUGGUUUGUCAUGACUGCCAAUACCAACAUUAUUUUGCUUUCUUCGUGCCUUCAUAGUGAAUGUAAUGGUCAGCAAGCAGGGCUUUUUGAGUUGUUAUUCUGUUUCUUUUUUUUGUAUUCUGUUUCUUUUUUGUAUUCUGUUUCUUUUUUGUAUUAUGUUUCUUUUUUUGUAUUCUGUUUCUUUUUUUUGUAUUCUGUUUCUUUUUCUGUAUUCUGUUUCUUUUUUGUAUUCUGUUUCUUUUUUGUAUUCUGUUUCUUUUUUGUAUUAUGUUUCUUUUUCUGUAUUCUGUUUCUUUUUUGUAUUCUGUUUCUUUUUUGUAUUUUUUUUCUUAUUCUUUCGGAUUUUGUUUUGUUUUUAUUUGUCGUCACAUUUUUUCCUUUUUCUUUCGCAUUUUUUGUGUUUUUUUUUCUCUUGAUUCUUUUGUUUAUUGCAUUCUUUCUUAUUCUGUCGUUUUUUGUCCUUGCUCGCUUUGGUAUUUUCUUUUGUUUUUCCUUUUUCUUUUACUUGGCUGUCAUUUUACUUGGUUUGUUUUUAUUUAGCUCACUUUACGGAUAUAAAUCAGUGACACUUAUCAUUACAUGA